AUGAUGGGGCAUGGCAUAUCAAGAGAAAAAUUAAUCAACGACGACAAUGAUGCUUCAAAAAAGAAACGACAUUCAUCUUCACUUGAGACCAAAGUGAAAAAGGAUAGCGUAGAACUCACCGAAGAACAACUUCGAGAAGUGAGAGAUGCCUAUCGUCGUUCAUCUGAGAUACUGAUUUGUCCUCCAUUUUGUUUUGUACGAUCAAUUGUAUAA